GCCGAAUUUUGUGUUUGAUAAUACAUUUGCAAUUAUUGUGAGAAUUGUAUUUUACUCAGCGCUUCUAUCAAACCGUACAUCGCCCAACGUAUAAUAAGUAAUAGGUUGAUUUAAAUUUAUUGCAAAAAAGCUGGAGAACUGGCACAAUGGACGGAAAUAGCGAUGUACCAUCAGAACAUACGAAGGAAUCUCUCGAUGAGCCCAUCAAACCAGCUGAGGUAUCUGCCACUAUCGAUCAAAAUAAUGAGGCAAGCAAAGAGAUACCCGUCGAGGUGGUAAAUGAGUCAGACUUGACAAAAACUAACGAAGAACAUAGCAUGGAGGAUAACUUGGAAGUCGACACGAAUUUGUUGCCUGAUAAUUCGAAAGAUACAGAGAAACAGAACGAGCCGGGAUCGGAGGAAUCGAAAAGCAAUGAGAAGGAUUCAGAGCAGGAUUUGCCAAGCCACAUCGGACAUCAUAAUUCUCCUACAGCGAACGGGAACAAGCAUGGUGUAAAUCGUUCACGCAGUAAUAGCACCAACAGUAAUGCCAGCAGUACUCGCAGCAGCAAUCAUAAUAACGGCGGCGACAACGAGUCACCGGCCAGCGAACUCGGUACGCAUAAAAGCCGCAGUGUUUCUCGUCAAAGCCGUUCGGUUUCGAGAAGUCAAAGCCGCUCUGUUAGUCGAGGUUCCGGCAGUUCCCGAUCACGAAGUCGUAAUUCGUCGGUGCAUAGCCGUACCCGAAGUCAUUCACGCAGUAGAUCCGGCUCCAGGUCGCGUUCCGGGUCACGCGCUCGAUCCGGGUCGGGUUCUCGCUCGCGUUCUGGUUCGCGUUCCCGCUCGCGUUCACGCUCGGGAUUGCGUUCGCGGUCCGGAUCCCGGUCACGAUCACGAUCUGGCUCACGCUCCCGCUCACGUUCCCGUUCUCGCUCUGGAUCACGGUCCCGUUCUAAUUCUCGCUCUCGGUCCCGUUCUCGCUCUGGAUCACGAUCUCGCUCCAGUUCCCGUUCCGGUUCGAGGUCUCGCUCCCGUUCUCGUUCCCUGUCCCAUUCGCGAUCAAAAUCCGGCAGUCCAAGUCGCAGUCGUAGUGUGAUUCGCAGUCGUGAUGGCUCGCGGUCUGUCUCACGGUCGCGGUCACGUUCGCGUAAUAGCCGUUCCAAGAGUCCCUCGAUGGUUGGCGAAGUGGUCGAAAGUGUUGCGGCUACCAGCAACCUUGACCCUUUGAAACAAGGAAAACGCACCGUGGAUUCCGACGACGAAGACUACAACCGCGAAGAAGUGCUAGGUGAUAAUGAGCACACCAGUCAAAAGAUUAACGAAACAGAAGAAAGGAAAACGGAAAAAGAUGGAAACAGUGGAGGUAUGACAAAUAUCCUCGACUCAGAUGACGAAGGCAAAGAUGACACCGGUGGACGAACAACGGGAGAUGGUGGACCAUUCAUGUAUGAUUUCGAUAUAAUGCUGGCACGCAAAAAGGAAGAAAAGUCUCGGCGCCGUAAACGAAACGAUAUCGAUUUGAUUAACGACAAUGAUGAUCUGAUUGCACAACUGCUGCAACAGAUGCGACAGGCAGCAGACAAUGACCGACAGCUAAACAAGGAUGGCAAACCAGCAACCAAGAAGAUAGCUAUUCUUAAGCACGUGAUGUCCCAGUUGAUCAAGAAGGAUCUACAGCUAGCAUUUCUUGAACAUAACGUGUUGAACGUGCUCACCGAUUGGUUGGCACCGUUGCCAAACAAAGCAUUGCCUUGCCUGCAGAUCCGAGAGAGCAUAUUGAAGCUGCUGUCCGACUUUCCAGCGAUAGAUAAGUCUUAUUUAAAACAAUCUGGAAUCGGCAAAGCAGUCAUGUAUCUCUACAAGCAUCCUAACGAGACAAAGCAGAAUAGGGAACGGUCGGGAAGGCUUAUCAAUGAGUGGGCUCGACCGAUUUUCAAUUUGUAUACUGACUAUAAAGCAAUGUCUCGCGAGGAACGACAAGAGUUCGACCUCCAGCAGAUGCCACGCAAACGUAAGCACUCACCAGAACCGUCGGCAUCGUCCAGCAGUAGCCAAAAAGGAUUGCCGUUCACUGAAGCAGAUAAGGGAGCACUUCGACCUGGUGACAAGGGUUGGGUCCAACGGGCGCGCGUUCCUAUGCCUUCCGAUAAGGCCUACAUUGUGCGUCCAAAAUCAAACAACGACGGAAAUACGGACGUUAUCAAACAUAAGAAGAAGUUGAAUCGUUACGAAAGGCGUCUGAAGUCAUUUAUUGACAAAAAACGACUCGAUUCGAGCCGUCGUGCGGUGGAGAUCUCCAUUGAAGGAAGAAAAAUGGCUCUGUGAGCAAUAACUAUGAGUCUACCUCGGAUGAGUUGCGGCUGCAGAAUGGACACUUAUAAUAGUUAGCAUCAUUACCGACAUCACCAUCUAAGUACCACAAAUUUGUAUUUCAAAACAACUGUUCAUCUACUCAUAUUUUGCGUACACCAGCCUUUUGAAUUACGCUGUGGUUAAGAACGCGAUUUCGAGCUAUGUGUGCUCCAAUUUCUUCCGCGCACCGAC